AUGGGCGAUUGUAUGGCAUGGAGUGCAUUUGAGUCCAAAAUAGUUUUUGAGCCUGUUGAUGCUGAAUUUAAUUCCGGGCUUUUCUGGGAAAAUCUGACAAAAAAUGAUUGUGAUAGGUUGAAAUUAAAAAAGGUCAGCGGUAGAGCGAUUUAUGACCUGCCGGAGAGCAUCAAGGUGAUAUCCCAAAGCCAGGAAGGACAGUGCAAUAGAUUGUGGUGUGUAUCAGUUGCCAAUAGGGAUUUUACUCGUAUUGAAGUGCUGGCGCGAUCCAUUAAUGAGAUGCCAACACAAACACAGCGGACGCAAUUGAAGGAACUUGCAUUGAGCUCUAAAAUUGACAUUGUAAUAUCGUCGCGAGAUCUGUAUAAUGCUGGGUUUGAGAGCGCUUUUUACUUAUACGUGAUCGGGGAUGAGAAGGCGAUUUCGUGUGCGAGAAGCGAGAUUGACGCGUUGAUUCAGAUAUUUGGUAAUAAUGUGGUAAAAUACGAAGAGUUGAAAGCUGUAUCUCUUGUUCCUUAUAUUGCAGGUCUCCGUGAGAGCAACGUGUCGUUUUUCGAAGAUACGUAUAAGACGAAGCUCAUUUUACCGGAUUUGUGGGCGGCUGGUAGCGGAACAGUGUACCUUGCUGGCAAGUAUCACGCGCUGACUUUAUUGGCUCACGAACAAGUUCAAAAAUUGGCACAAUUAGCAAUUAAGGAUGGCUAUUACAUGGAAUUGAAUGGUGCGUCUACGGCAAAGAUCCGAUAUUUACGAUUACACUGCAAAAAAAGGCUAGAGAAGCUCAUGUUUUUGUCUCAGAGUUUUUUCCUGAUGGAAGAAGAUAAAAUUCAAAUAGUGGCAUCUUCUCCCAAUGCCUUGGAACAAGUUGCAAAUACCUUGACCCAACAAAUCCUAUCUCGGGUUUGUGAAGCGCAUCUCAUCUUUCACAAGGGCGGUAAAGCCCUCCCAUACUCUGACAAAACGAAAGAGCGUUUGUUGGAAAUUAUUAGCAAAAACAAAGCGUCUUUGACUCAGGUGGUCGAAGAUGCCAUGCAUUUUGUCAUAACUGCAUCCAUAGACUUCGUUACAGAUGCCGUCACAGAAUUAGCAGCAUUGUUACAAGCGACAAAGACUGAGAUUGACGUCAAAUAUCUUAUCGAGCUAAGUCCGGAAUUUAAGGAUUUUAUCUUGGGCAAAAAAUUCGGGAAAAUAUCUCGCAUAAUGGAUUCAGCAAAAUGUGCUGUAACUGUUGACAUGCGAGAAGGUGAAGGGAACAUGCAAAUAUUACUUCAAUCUGACAACGUCUUGGAAGCAAACAAAUCUAUGCACCUGAUCAAAGAUGAGCUCCCAGCUGAGGAACAUUUCUUCAUACCAGAAUCUUACCAUCGUCCCGUGAUAGGCUCAGGUGGUAGUGUUAUACAAACAAUUAUGCGAAGAUUUAAUGUUUUCAUUCAAUUUUCAAAUACCUCGUACCACACCCAAAAUGGAUUUGGAUUUGAUCGCCCCAACAAUGUCGUCAUUAGGUGUCCGGCAAAAAAUAGGUCCUCAAUCGCGCUAGCCAAAGAAGAACUUUUGCGUUUGGUAGAGGAAUACAGUGCAUUACAAUCCAAGAUGCUCUUGAGGCUCUCAUCAGGUCAAUACCGCUAUCUUUUGGAACAGAUGGCUAGAACUGGGAUUAAUCAAAUAGUUGAAAUUGAGAAAAACACCACAACAUUCAUCAAAUUCCCUACUGAAACACCUCCAGAGGGCUACUGUCUCGAAGUAAGGGGUAAUGGCGAAUGUCCGCAAGCUGCCGCAGAAGAUUUAAUCAAAAUUUUUGGGUUUGAGAUUGAGCUAUACAUCAGCAGACCCUUGGGAAACGUGACAUCUUUCUUCAAUGACGUAGUCGUCCCGCUGAAAAAAGUCUUCCAGAUCGAGAUAUCUUUUCGUGAGGACUUGAUCCGCUUAACUCACGCAGAGUUGAAAGAAGGCGAAGAAACAAAAGCGAUUUCUCUCAUAUCAAGCUACUUGGAAGAAAACGGGAUAAGACUCCUAAAAGAAAAUCAUUCGAGGAGAAAUUUCAUUGUUAAUGUGUACUAG